AUGGCUAGCUUUGAUCCAUAUUCUGGCCUACCAAAAAAACAUGGUUCGGAUUACCAGACUGACCACACCACUUUUCAGACCCUGAAGAAGAAGCCGACCUCAAUCAAGGAGCUCCCAGAAUGGAACUUCGACGGCUCCUCCACCGGCCAAGCGCCGGGCGACAACUCCGAUGUCUACCUCCGUCCUGUGGCGAUGUACCCGGAUCCUUUCCGUCUCGGCGACAACCUCCUCGUCCUCGCCGAGUGCUGGAUGUCCGACGGCAAGCCCAACUCCUACAACUUCCGCCACGAUGCCGCAGUCCUGAUGGAGAAGAACGCCUCGCAUGAGUUCUGGUUCGGUCUCGAGCAGGAGUACACUCUCCUCGAUGCGCAAGGCUGGCCAUACGGCUGGCCCAAGAAUGGCUUCCCAGCUCCCCAGGGUCCUUACUACUGCGGCAACGGCACCGGCAAGGUCUUCUGCAGAGAUAUCGUCGAGGCUCACUACAAGGCUUGCUUGUACGCCGAGCUCAAUAUCUCUGGCACCAAUGCCGAGGUCAUGCCUGCUCAGUGGGAGUACCAGAUCGGUCCCUGCACUGGCAUCGAGCUCGGCGACCACAUGUGGAUGUCCCGUUUCCUCCUCCACCGCGUGGCCGAGGAAUUCGGUGCCAAGGUCACCUUCGCGCCUAAGCCCAUCCCGGGUGACUGGAACGGCGCUGGUCUCCACAGCAACGUCAGCACCAAGGAGAUGCGUGAGGAUGGCGGCAUGAAGCACAUGGAGAAGGCCAUGGAAGCCCUUGCCAAGCGCCACAAGGAGCACAUGACCGUGUACGGCGAGGGCAACGAGGCUCGUAUGACUGGUGCGCACGAGACUGCGUCGUAUGACAAGUUCAGCUGGGGCAUCGCGAACCGUGGCGCUUCCGUCCGUAUCAACCGCCAAUGUGCCGACGAGGGUAAGGGCUACUUUGAGGACCGCAGGCCGGCUUCCAACGCCGACCCAUACCAGAUCACCGGCAUGAUUGUCGAGACUCUUUGCGGUAAAGUCGAGGGCAUCGAGAUGUACAAGACCAUCACCCAGGCCGAGCCCGUGGAGUUGGACAUGGUCGUGCCCAUCUCCAAACCAUAA